GGUAGCAUGAAGUCAGUCAACUCCCUGUCUUCUUCCGAGAAAACCCCUAAGAAUUAGUCACACACAACACCCACGCCAUUGUUUGAUCAUCAAUUCGAAUCCUCCCUUGUUGAUCUCCGUGCGUCCCAUCCAUAUUUAUCGGAAAUUUGUAUUAUGCCGUCGGAGAUCGAAGUUGUGGAGGAGCUGGAAUCGAGGGAUCCUCCAACGGACUCCGCGCCAGAGGACGACAGCUUGAGGAACGAUGUCUACACAGCCGCUGCCUAUGGGGAUAUGGAUAAGCUCCAGAGAUUAGUCGAGACUGGUGGUUGCUCCGUCGCGGAGCCCGACGCCCUCGGCUACUACGCUCUCCAGUGGGCGGCGCUUAAUAAUCGAACCGCCGCAGCGCAGUACAUUGUUGAGCAUGGAGGUGAUAUUAAUGCACGUGAUCAUACUGGACAAACAGCUUUGCAUUGGAGUGCAGUGAAGGGUGCAAUUCAGGUUGCUGAGCUUCUUCUGCAGGAGGGUGCUCGUGUUGGUUUAGCUGAUCUCAAUGGUUAUCAGACAACACAUGUUGCAGCACAGCAUGGUCAGACGGCUUUCCUGUGUCACAUUGUCACAAAGUGGAAUGCUGAUGCUGAUGUCCCUGAUAAUGAUGGUAGAAGCCCAUUGCACUGGGCUGCUUACAAGGGAUUUGCUGACUGCAUUCGCCUUUUAAUAUAUCUGAAUGCUCAUAGAGUGCAGCAAGAUAAAGAAGGCUGCACACCACUGCACUGGGCUGCCAUUAGGGGUAACUUAGAAGCAUGCACUGUUCUGGUGAUGGCAGGGAAGAAAGAAGAUUUGAUGCUAACAGAAAACACCGGCCUUACCCCUGCGCAGCUAGCUGCAGAUAAAAAUCAUAGACAAGUUGCAUUUUUCCUUGGAAAUGCUAGAAGGUUGCUUGACAAAAGAUGGGAUAACAACAGUUUUAUCGGCAAACUUUCUAAACUUGGACUUGCUCCAAUUCUUUUGUGUAUAGUUUUCCUGAUGCUUGCAAUAUAUAUACAUUCAGUUAUUACAGCUUCAAAUCUUCCAAGGCUAACAGCUGGCUUUAGUCUUUUUGCCUGGAUGGGUGUGUUAUUGGCUUCAAUAGGUCUAGUUUUCUUUUACAGAUGUAGCAGCAAGGACCCUGGCUUUAUCAGAAUGAAUGUACGUGAUCCAGCAAGCAUGAAAGAUGAUGAGCCUUUGCUGAAGAUCGAAAUAAAUAAUCCUGCGUUGAUUAGAGGAAAUUGGUCUCAGCUUUGUGCAACUUGCAAGAUUGUUAGACCUCUUCGUGCUAAACAUUGUUCCACCUGUGAUCGUUGUGUCGAGCAAUUUGACCAUCAUUGCCCAUGGGUGUCCAAUUGCAUUGGCAAGAAAAACAAGUGGGAUUUUUUCUUGCUUCUUGUUCUCGAAGUUCUGGCAUUACUGAUAACUGGUUCAGUGGCUUUGAUAAGAUUGUUGACAGACCCAUUGGCCCCAUCUACCUUUGGUGCCUGGUUAAGCCAUGUUGGUAAUCAACAUGUUGGCACUUUAGCAUUUUUAGUUGCAGAUGCUUUCAUCCUUUUUCCUGUCGGAAUUUUGACUUGUGUACAGGCUUCUCAGAUUGCUCGCAAUGUAACAACAAAUGAAAUGGCAAACAUGCUGAGGUACAGUUACUUACGAGGGCCAGAUGGUCGAUUUCGUAAUCUGUUUGAUCACGGCUGCAAGAAGAACUGCACAGAUUUCUUGAUAAAUGGUUAUAACGAAGAUAUAGAGCACGCCGGAGAAUCAGGGGAACCUGGCGUAAUAGGGAUGAUAAAUAUGACACAGGAUGCAAACCAUACAAACGGUGUGAGCCAUAGUCAUCAACCAAACGGAAACGGCCAUAUAUUAAUUGAUGUGGAUAAAAUCUCUAAUUCACAUCAGGGCCACAUUCAUUCUUCUCAAUGCAGCCAUAGUCCAAGCCACAGCCAAAGGCAUCGUCAAAGUCACACUGAUAGUCAUGUCCCUGCAGGUCUGGAUAUCGGAUUAGGCCGAAAUGUUUCUCAUGCUGCAGUGGCGUCAUGACAAAUCGUUGUUUACUAUAGGCGAAUGACUGCAUAACACAAUCCACACUGUUGAUAAAUCCCUGGAAACACAUUUUUGUCUUGCUCGAUCAUCUUGAUUUUUUCCUCCCUUGUUUAAAUUCUUGUUGUAUGUUGUAGCAUUCGUAGUGGUUUCUUUCCCCAAGUAGCCUUGUCCGCCUCUGUUAGUGUGCAUUGUGGCUGUUGCACCAUAGGAAAGGGGAUAGACGUGAAGAAAAAAAAUCUGUCUCUCUGUAGUAGAGUCGUGUUCCUUUUUUAGUUGGCUCACUGUAGUUGAAUCAUUUUAUUUUUUUGGUAAAAUUUCUUCUUUCUUACUUAUUUUGUCUUCAACUCUCUUUCUUUUUUUCUUUUCUACUUUAUUCUCCCUUUACUUAAUUUACUAAAACAAUUUUUCUUGAAUCUCAUGUUGAAAAGAAACGCCUCUACUACAUAGGGACGGAGGGAGUAGUAUGAAUGUUCUGCAUUUUUUAAUGCUAUUUGUCACUACUAGAUACUUCAGUUUUGUGCUACACUGCAUGCUUGUUCAACAAAGCACUUCCACACUUUACUUUGUUGUUACUUUUCUUAAUAAUUCAUCCCACAAAACAGAUGUCCCCACAUAACUUCAGCCGAUCAUCGUGUGGUUGGAUGAUGUUCUUGUAAUUUCAGGUUUGCUAUAAAAGCACUAAAGCAAGCAGUCCACUAUGGAAAGGUAGAAAAGGAAAAAAGAAAAGAGAGUUAUCAAUCAAAUUGAUCAGUAGCAUAGAAAUGGAGAAGUGGAUGGUGGUGGUGUUGCUUGUGGUGAUGGCAGCGGCGGCAGCAAUAUGUCCGCCCCUAGUCGGUGGCGUUGUCAUCGAACAAGGUGGCGAAACGGCUACAAAGACCGUGGAAGAUCGGCCCCUCAUCGGUGGCGUCUUCGUUGAACAAGCCGGCGAAGAGGCUGCAAAGACCGCGGGAGAGGGUCUUGGCGACAUCGCGAGAAGGGCAAUCCACAAAGCUGAUAAGAUAUGGAACGGAAGCAGCAGUUGCAAGCCAUGCUCUUUUGAUGAUCGUCUUCUCCUUGUUUGCUUAUUAUGCAUCUGCCUCUUACUAAUUCAUGUUUAUUGAAUUUGCUUGUGAGUUUGUACUUAUAGUAGUAGUAUAUUACAAGUCUUGGAUCUUGACUUGAUGUGCAUGUUCGAAAAGUUUGACAUGUAAAACCUCCAAUUCCCCUAGUAAUGUGUUUCGAGUUUACAUAUGUA